GAAUUGCGGGUGGUAUUCGAUCGACUUUCAAAGUACAAUACUGUAUGACAAACGAACUAAGAUUUCGUCUGUUUGACAGAAAUCUUAGUCGGCUUGGCUCUUGGCUUUGUAGGCCAAGAAAAGUAUAUCCUCAUCUUUGCAUGCUAUACCCAUCGACAAUUUCGCAAGCUGGUACUGAGAUCGCUGUCGAGUGAACUUUGGCAAGUGCAUUUCGCUGUUUUAUGCAACGAUCUUGACGUCCGACUUUUCAAUAUUACAAUGAGGGCUGUGAAAAUGGCCAAGAGAAGCAAUCUCAAAUCAACAAUGGAAGGAAGUCUUCUCAUAUAUAAAUACUAGAGCUGUUCUCGUCACACAGUAUCAAAUCAUCCAAUCUUUCAUACUCAGUCACUACAUUCAUUCAUCCAUUCAUCCAUUCAUCCAUUCAAUCUUUUAUUGCAUUCUUUCACCAUGUCAGCAUUCAUCCUCGCCGCAACUCUUUUGUCAGCUGUUAUGGCUUGUCCCCAGCAUGAUCUCUCCAGCUCAUCAAUUAUGAAGAGAGCCGAUGGACCUGCUGAUUGGGCAUACGACGCUGCGUACAACUGGGGAAUGAUCAACGAGAACUACACCACUUGCCAAACCGGCACCCAACAAUCCCCUAUCCAUCUCAGCACCAGCACCGGGUACUCAAAAACCCACACCCCAACUUUCAACUACUCAACCUCCACCGCGGGCUCCCUCUACAACUGGGGUUACGGCCCUGCCUUCUCUCUCACCUCCAACGUUACUGAUCUCAGCGGCAACCCAUCCAUGACCUUCGACAACGAAACCGUCUUCCUCAAAGGCUGGCACAUCCACUCACCCGCAGAUCACACGAUCGAUUCCGCCCGUUCCAAAGCCGAGCUCCAUUUCGUGCACGCCACCGCCUCCGGCGCCGAACGUGCCGUCGUAGCAUUCAUGAUUGACCCCGUCCCCUUCGGCACCGUCGCCAACUCGACUUUCUUCGACUCCUUCUCAUUACCAUCCAUCCCCACCUUCUCCGACAUGACCACUCGCAUCCCGCUCAAUCUCGAUCUCAAACAAGCCCUUACCGAGAUCGACGGCGCGAAGGAUUUCUGGACCUAUGAGGGAAGUCUCACUUCUCCUCCUUGUACCGAGGGAAUGAGAUGGUUUGUUGCUGGUAAGAAGAUGCUGGUGGGAACAGAGCAGAUGCAGGAAAUCUUGGCAGUUAGCACUUACAGUGCCCGCGAGGAACAGAAAGUCUGGGGUCACAAUAUCAAUGUUUAGAUGAGACGAGACCCCACUCAGGUUGGGAGUUGAUUGGUAUUUGAAGCGUGAGAGCAUAGUUGAGGAGUGAGGAGUCAAGAGGGAGAAACGAAGCGAUUGUCAAGCAUACGAAACGGCGGCACAUUUUGAUUUCUGAAGUUGGGAAAAGGCAUUUCUAGCAUACCGGUGGCUCAUUUCAUUUUCAGGCGUUUUGUACAUUCUCAGUAGAAAAGAUAUUUGAGCAAUCAAACAUUUGUAUAUAUCUAAAUAUACAUAUAUAUAUAUAUAUCCACACCUCAUAUUUCACACAUCUAAAACUUAUACAUACAUACAUACAUACAUACAUACAUACAUAAAUACAUACACA